GCGGAGCUUCUAAACAGCGAUGAAACGUUAGCAAAACACACUUUGCAGGGUUUUUUCUCCUGCAUUUGCGCUUACUAGGACGAGAUUUUGCACAGUACCGUCAAACGGUUUGUGCUUUUUGUCGUUUCUACGGGCUUUGCACGGCUUUACGUUUUUCUGAAUUUGUCUAUACACCGUCUUUACGAAGUUUGAGGAUUUCUUCGCUAAUUUAGACCAUUAGACCGUAAUUGAAGUGACUACAACGGUGCUGACAAGGAACACCUUGGUAAUUGAUUUUUUUGCGUUUUUUCUCAGCAUUCAGCAAGUCUGCGAGCUUUAAGACUAAAUGGUUAGACCGUUUUUCAAUCAGGCUUGCUUCUUUGCCUUUUUCGUUUCCUUAUGGAACGUCUGGGUUGCUGAAUGUGCCACUACGGAGAGCAAGCCAAACUUGCGCGGUCGAUUUCUCCAUAUAACAGACUUCCACCCUGACAAGUACUACAGUGCGGGCUCUUCUACAAGCAAUUAUUGUCAUAAUCACGACGAGGACUUGUCUACGCAGAAGAAAGCUCGCUACCUCUCUCCCGGACCGGGUUACGCAUGCGACAGUUCGUUAGCUUUGGUGAACGAGACACUCAGCUGGCUCUCAAAACACAAAGACGAUGUUCUAGGCGGACUGGACUUUGUUUUGUGGACGGGUGAUAACUCUCGACACGAUAACGACAAUCACUUUCCUCGUACGCGUAAAGAGAUUGCCGAAGCCAAUAGAGAUUUGGUUAAUUGGAUGGUAGAGACGUUUCCAGACAUCCCGGUCGUCGUUUCGAUUGGUAACAAUGACAUUUACCCACACAACAUUAUGACUGCCGGCCCUUCGCUCAUGAUCGAAGAUUUGGAGCAGGCUUGGGAGCCCAUUUUGCCCGAGUUUGAACGACACAUAUUCCAACGCGGAGCUUACUAUGUGAACGAAGUGAUCCCCAACAAGCUUGCUGUUCUCUCCAUCAAUACGUUGUACCUUUCGUCGAAGAACGCGGCUGUUGAUGGUUGCCCGAACAAAAAGCACGAAGCCGGAACGCUGCAUUUGCGCUGGCUUCGUGUUCAACUGAAGCUGCUGAGGGAACGCGGUAUGAAGGCUUACAUUAUUGGACACAUCCCUCCUACUCGUGAUCAAUGGUACGAUCGAUGCUAUUCUAUGUUCUCUCGGUUAAUGUAUCAAUACCGAGAUGUUGUUAUCAGUCAGCUGUAUGGACAUAUGAAUGUCGACCACUUUGCCUUCAUGCAAUACAAGCACAAGCACGAUGUUGACGUAGCUCAGAACGAGCGCACCAUCUCCAUUCGCAGUGCUCAACCCAAUUACUUGGUGAAUCUCAUCAGCAACCAAUAUGAGGCAUUGCCAGCAGUUCCGCUAAACGAAAAUGAUUCUGUCAUUGACGACAAGGUAAAGUCUUAUUCGGUUGCUGUUGUUGGAGCGAGUAUCAUUCCGGAGAUGUUUCCUUCGUUCCGGGUUUACGAGUACAACGUCACCGGCACCGAGAGUCUCCAAAGUGCAGAACGGAUGACGGAAGUUGAAGAUGAUGAAGAUUGUGCUGAAGAGGAUGAGUUGUGUUUGCUGGAACUGUCUGAGGACGGGGAUGAGAAUGGAGACAUUGUUGACGCAAUGAAGAAAAAGAAAAAGAAGAACAAGAAGAAGAAGCGCGCGGUUCCUGGAAGCCCUGGUCCAGCAUACCAACCUCAACCCUUCACACCUACUGGCUUUACGCAAUAUUUUUUGAACACGACUGAGUAUAUCGAUGCCGAUGAAAGUACCCCCAUUGAAUUUACUGUGCUGUACGAUUCGCGUAGUGAGCCAUACUAUAUGAAGGAUCUCACUGUUCCAGAGUAUGUUCGAUUAGCUCGCAGAAUCGCAGGAAAGGCAUCGAAAGAUGAAGAACCCGUUGCCUCACUGCAAGACCCAGAAAUCUCAAAGAAAAAGAAGAAGAAGAAAAAGAAGAAGAGAGACAUGAAUGCACUCGCAAAGACCUAUGUGUGGCGUGCAUAUGUGGGUUCUCGUGCUGAUGUUCUUGACGAUGAUUUUUACAACUAGAUUGCGUGGGACAAGGGCUCAUUUUCCACAUUAUGUCAAUAUUUUCUUACUAUAAAAGCCUUCUAAGAAAUUAAGGCAACAUAUCUUAACUUUUUUUUGGUGGGUGUAAAAGCAUUCAUAUAUUCUAUUUAUGUAAACUGAAAACAGCGACGUCUCCAUUGGAAAGGGCAGCACAUAGUUUGUUUGUUGAAUGGUAGCAGACGUCGCUUACAAUAGCAUCAUUUGCUACAUUAUAUUGAUAGAGCAAUUGCUCAUUUUCACUGUUCCAAACAAAUACGCUUCCUGACUCGCUGCCGCUAAUUACACAGCUUUCAUCUGUGGUAAUACACGAACGUACUCGAUACUGUUUAUUGUCAUGACCUGUGUAAUGGUGCUGAUAUGCCCCCGAGCUAACAUCAACCGAGUGAAUUGCCGAAUUUAAUGUGGAAACCAGAACGGAUGGUUUUUUUUCGAAUGGCUGAAGACUAGUGAUUGGCACUAUCCAUUAUAACGUUAGUAAUAAUUUUUUGAAAUGAGCCUUGAAAGGUAUCACGACGUUACCUUGAAGCAUAUCAGUGGAUAAUUUUCCUUGUCGCAAGUCGUAAAUUCGUAAGCAUCCAUCUGUCGAGCCAGUGAGAAUAAAGUGACCGGUGAUUUUUACUGCAGCUACACUGUCUCUAGCGUCAUUUAAUACUUGAAUGGGCAAGGUGGAUGUUGAUCUGUUCGUGCGUUAGGAAUUUGAUAGAUAUUGGAAAAUGACAAACCUGCAAUCCCACAGUCUUACUGUGGAAUCGAAGGAACCUAGAAUAUAUGUCAAUGAUUUAAUUCCCUGUGCAUAUCCGUUUCCUGUACUUACCGCUUGCUAGCACCGAGUAAUCAUCGUUGAAACAAACAGUGUUCACUCGAGACAAAUGCCCACUUAGACGCCGAAGAACAUUUCCAGUCAUUACGUCCCAUAAUAGGACUGAUCUGUCACCGCCGCAGGAUGCGAAUUUGCUACUGUCAUCAACUACAUCGAUAUCGAGUACUUCUUUUAGGUGUCCUGAAGAUUGUGUUAAUUAUUAAUCACAAAACAAAUAACACACCUUGAAAUUCGCGUAUACAUAGUUUCGUAUAAGAGUUCCAAAUACGAACGAGCCGGUCGUUCCCCCCUGUCAGAACAUAAUUUCCCGUCGUAUUGAAUCGAACUACAUUAAGGGCCUCUUUUGUUGGUGUCUGUAAAGUAUUCACAAGUUCUAGUCCCAUAAAACACUUUUAAAUCCAGCAGUAGUUCAGUGCAACAAGAAAUUGACUGUUUGUUGUAGGAGAUUUAGAAUGAGUAGAGAA